GGCUGUACUGUAUCGGUAUAAUACCUAUCAUCUUACGAGAUAGUACCUACUUACACGCGCAUACAAUCACAAUAGCAGAAUCAGUGAGAAGAGAGCACAUUAAUCAGUUAGAUACACAUCUUAUGACAGCCUCGCGAACUGAGAUGGAAAGGAAAAUACAAGAUGUUAGCAACGAAUCCCCACAAAAAGCUCCUGCGGAUCCAACACAAAACGUUAGCGCAUUUUUUGGGAGAUACCAGUUUUAUUUAUUUACCAUAUUGAUUGCAACAAAGUUUCCAAUGGCAUUUCAUCAAAUGGCAAUAGUAUUUCUGGCUCCAAAAGUCUCAUUCAUUUGUGAAGAUUCAGGAAAUCAGACAUGCCCCUGCGCCCAUCUUAUUUACGACACAACAGUUUUCACAAGAACAGUUAUUACGGAAUGGGACUUGAUUUGUGAAAGAAAAUAUCUUGCUAGUUUCAUGCAGACUCUUUUCCAGUUUGGAAUUCUUAUUGGAAGUAUAAUUUUUGGCAUAGCUUCUGACCGUUUUGGGAGGAAAAAGUCUUUCAUAACCGCUGGAGUCCUCCUGCUAACCGCUGGUGUGGUGGCGGCGUACGUCAAGGACUACUGGACCUUCAGCCUGCUGCGAGUGGUGAUCGGCGCCAGUCUCGGAGGCAUCGUGUGCACCGGCUUCGUCAUCCUCAUGGAAUUCGUCGGCAAAGACAGCCGGGACACCGUCUCCAUAGUCUUCAACAGCUUCUACAAUGUAGCGUUAACUGUACUGCCAGUUUUUGGAUACUUCUUCAGGGACUACUCUGAUUUUCAGCUAGCUAUAUCGAUACCGGCACUGUUUUUCAUCCUGUAUGUCUUUCUACUGCCGGAGUCUCCGCGGUGGCUGAUUGCUGUGAACAGGACUGAGGAGGCCGUCAAGAUAUUGGAACGAGUUGCUCUUAUAAAUAAUAUCAGCAAAGAAAAUAUUCGCUCCGACGUGGCGGCGUACCGAGCGUCCAUUGUAGACGCGACAGAAGAGACGCAAGGCUCCACCUUCGACCUCAUCCGCACUCCGAACCUUAGGAGGCACAUACUGGCCAUGUCGUUCCACUGGGCCUGUGUGAGUUACUACUACUACGGGUCGAUGCAGUACGUGGGACAGCUCAGUGGGAAUAUCUUCAUCAACGUGGCAGCGUCCAAUGCUCUCUCGAUGCUCCUGGGCGGCAGCGGGGCGCUACUGCUCGUGAAGAUAUCGGGCAGGAAGAGGUUAUCGGUGGCGCUAAGCGUGACGUGCGCGGCGUGCCUAUUGGCUGUGCCGGUGGUGCCGGACGGGCCGGUCACUGUCGCGCUGACGGCGUUUGGAACAGUGUGUAGUUUCAUCAACUUUUGCAUAGCGUAUCUAUACUGUACCGAGCUAUUCCCUACAGUUGUUAGAAGCGGGGCGUUCGGGAUAUGUUCUAUGAUGGCGCGGACGGGGUCGAUGUUGGCGCCCUUCGUCAUAGACCUGCAGGUGCACGGGGGGUGGGCGCCGCCGGUCGGGUUCGCGGUGUUGCCGCUCUGUGCCGCGCUGGUGGUGGCGCUGUGGCUGCCAGAGACUAAGGGAUGCGAGCUCAUGACCACCAUCGAGGAAGGUGAAGCGUUUGGAAGGAAGUCAAUAAACAUGGAGCUGGAACAGAAGACUAACUUGGAAAAUGGUGAUAACCCGAAACAAUCAUCGGAGCCCCAGAUAGACACAAUACAAAAAUGCAUGGGAUCUUUCGGAAAGUACCAAUUGCUGCUGUGUCUUCUAGUCUUUUUAUCAAAAUUCCCUGUUGCAUUCCACCAGCUGUCCAUAGCAUUUUUGGCACCUAAAGUUUCGUUUGAAUGUCAAGAUGGCGGGAACAACACUUGUCCCUGUGCUAAUCCUAUUUAUGACACGUCCAUAUUCACAAACACUAUUGUGAUGGAGUGGGAUCUGAUUUGUGGGUCAAAGUGGCUGGUUGGAUUCACCCAGACUCUGUUCCAACUCGGAGUGCUUAUUGGAAGCAUUGUCUUCGGGAUCUUAUCUGACAGAUACGGCCGCAAACUGCCCUUCAUCGUCGGGGUGGUCAUUCAGAUACUGGCGGGGAUACUCGCGGCCAUCAUGACCGACUACUGGUGGUUCUCCUUCUGCCGCUUCCUGGUCGGAGUCUCAGUGGGAGGCACCAUGGUGUGCGGGUUCGUCAUGGUCAUGGAGUUUGUAGGCGGGAAGUACCGCGACGUGGUGUCCGCUUGCUACCAAGUGCCGUUCAACCUGGGUCAUAUAAUGCUGCCGAUGUUCAGCUACUUCAUCCGGGACUACGCCACGUUCCAGCUGGUGAUCUCGGCGGUGCCGGUGGUGCUGCUGUGCUACUUCUGCCUCUUGCCGGAGACGCCGCGCUGGCUGAUUGCUGUGAAGAGGACGGACGAGGCGGUCAUACUGAUCGAGACUGUUGCCAAAGUAAACAACCGUCCAACAGAAAACAUCGCGACCGACGUCAAAACGUACCAAGCGUCGAUUGAAACCAACCAGCUUAAGAAGGGCAACAUCUUGGACCUGUUCCGCACUCCGAACAUCCGGAAGAACAUCCUGGCCAUGGCGUUCAACUGGCUGGCGUGUAGCUACUGCUUCUACGGAGUCAGCCAGUACGUGGGCCAGCUCAGCGGAGACGUGUUCCUGAACGUACUCAGCAGCGCCUGUUUGACGCUCGUCGGGACAUUGACCUCGAUACCGCUGAUGAAGGUGGUCGGGAGACGGACGCUCCUCAUCGUCUUUAACUUCAUAUGUUCCUUGUGCUUGCUGGCGUUGUUAGUAAUACCGUCCGGCGUCGCGUCGGUGGUCAUGGCCAGUGUCGGUCAGGUGGCCAGUUUCAUAGUGUUUGUGGUGGUGUACCUUUACGCGUCAGAACUGUUCCCGACGGUGGUGCGUAAUGCCGCUAUCGGGUUCUCGUCGAUGAUGGCCCGCGUGGGCUCCAUGGUGGCGCCACUAGUCAUCGAGCUGGAGGUCUACUCCUGGUGGCUACCACCGUUCCUGUUUGCAAUAGUACCGCUAGUGGGAGGGUUCGUGGCAUUCCUCUUGCCAGAAACAAAAGGUUGUGAACUGAUGACGACGAUAGAAGAAGGUGAAAACUUUGGUAAAAAGGAACCGAAGCCACCGAAAUAGUACGUGAUAGUGUGAUGAAGCGUUUUGUGGUGAAGCCGUGAUAUUUAUAGGGUUGUGAAAUGAUGGUUUCAUAAUGUUAUUGUAAAUACAUUGAUUUUAUUUUAUUGUACUAUGAUGUGUGUAGGUUUAGCAUACCUACAUUAGAAAAUACCUAGCCUUUGAAGUACCUAUUGAUUAUUGUAUAAUUUUGUAUUACAAUUUCCUUUCAUAUACAUAAGUCUACUUCAAUUGUAUGUAUAUAAACAUGAAAACUCAAAAAAUAUCCAAAUUCCUCUGAGCCAUUGAUUAUUUUUCAACAAUUCAAAUAUCUCCUAUUGUUCUCAGUUGUUUAAAAAUAAACAGAAUUGUAUUGUUUUGCUGGAUAAACCUGUUGAAUAGGAACAUGAAACUCGCUAUGAUCGAGUAAUCACUUUAUAUUGGGAGUUUGCCUUUGCCUAGGUAUAUAGGCAAGUAAGUAUGGGAAUAAGUACAACUAGUCUUACUGAUUAUUAUUUAUUAUUACAUCACUAAGAUUUCUUUCAGUAGGUCAGAUUUCUUUGCUACAGACUGUAUUAUUGUUAUUCUAACAUUUCUUGCAUCCAGACAGUCUAUUACAUAAGAGAAGUCCUAUUAUCCAAACAGUGAACAUUAUCAUGCUCGGUAGACCGGAUGCAAGUAAUCAGCACGGUUGAUCAAUAAACUGAAAAUAGCACAGCAAUAAAGUGCAAUUCCUAUUUUU